AUUUUCCCUGACCAUUAGAAGACAGACACCAUGUGCGGCAUCGUAGCGAUCUAUGCGUCCAUGCUGAACAACGACGACCUGCGUAAAGCUAUCUUGGAUGCAGGAAAGAAGAUCCGACACCGCGGGCCGGACUGGAACGGCGUGCGCAUCCUGCCCAAGGGCAUCGCCAUCGAACACGAACGAUUGGCGAUCAUCGACCCUGAAUCCGGCGCGCAGCCGCUCGUGAGCAACGACGGCACGAUCACGUUGGCCGUGAACGGCGAAGUGUACAACUACAAGGAACUCAUGGCGACGUUGCAGACGCCGUACACGUUCAAGACCAAGUCUGACUGUGAAGUGAUUAUCCCGCUGUACAAGCAGCAUGGCACGGCGUUUCUGCGUCACCUCCGCGGCAUGUUUUCGUUCGUCCUGUACGAUUCCGCCAAGGACGUGUUGAUCGCUGCCCGCGACCACAUGGGGAUCACGCCGCUGUACUAUGGGUACGGCGCCGACGGCAGCGUCUGGUUUGCGUCCGAAAUGAAAGCUUUGGAGCAUGGCUGCGUUCGCUUUGACUUGUUUCCGCCCGGACAUGUCUUUACGAGCACGACAGGAGAGUUCACACGAUGGUACACCCCUGGAUGGAUGGAACCAGGACACAUUGGCACGGUGCCGCUCAACCUAGCGACGUUGCGCGAGGCCUUUGAGACCGCCGUGACGAAACGCAUGAUGUCCGAUGUGCCGUGGGGUGUGUUGCUAUCGGGGGGGUUGGACUCGUCCCUCGUCGCGUCGAUCGCCAGCCGCCACCAAAAGAAGUUGUUUGCCGCAGGCGCCGAUACGGAGUGGAGUCCGCGAUUGCAUUCAUUUACGAUUGGUUUGGACAACUCGCCCGACUUGGCGGCGGCGAAGGAAGUCGCGAAGUCCCUCGGCACGAUCCAUCACUCGUACACGUACACGAUCCAAGAAGGCAUCGAUGCUGUGUCGGACGUCAUUUAUCAUCUGGAAACGUACGACGUGACGACGAUUCGUGCAUCGACACCCAUGUUUCUCAUGAGUCGCAAGAUCAAAGCCAUGGGCAUCAAGAUGGUGCUGUCGGGCGAAGGCGCGGACGAAGUAUUUGGGGGGUACCUCUACUUUCACAAGGCCCCCCACGCCCAAGCAUUGCACGAUGAAACUGUGAACAAACUCAAGGGAUUGCAUCAAUUCGACUGCCUUCGCGCCAACAAAUCCACGAGCGCGUGGGGCGUGGAAGCGCGCGUGCCGUUUUUGGACGCCGACUUUCUCGACGUGGCCAUGAACUUGGAUUCGACCGAGAAAAUGUGCAACCGCGAAAGUGGCCGCAUGGAAAAGUACGUUCUUCGCAAAGCGUUUGACACGCCCGAGCAUCCGUACUUGCCCAACAACAUUUUGUGGCGCCAGAAAGAGCAAUUUUCCGACGGCGUGGGCUACGGGUGGAUCGACGCGCUGAAAGAUUGGGCGGACCGCGAGAUUUCCGACCGGCAAAUGAAGCACGCUGAGCUGUUGUUUCCGUACAAUACGCCCCAGACGAAAGAAGCAUACUUGUACCGCAGCAUUUUCUCCAAGCAUUUUGAAAAGGAAGUGGCGGCGCAGACUGUUCCGGGGGGACCGAGCAUUGCAUGCAGCACGGCAGCCGCGAUCGAAUGGGAUGCAUCAUUUAAGAACGCCGCCGAUCCAUCUGGGCGCGCCAUUGCCGGCGUCCAUGUCGACGCGUAUGACCAGUAGAUGACAGAUACCCUCGAGGAUGUAAACGUUCAAGUAGAGCCUUUUGAUAAUCAAUUCAAUCUACAGUGAAGUCCGACA